CGGUGAGUCACGCAGAGAUUGCUGUAUCGGGGCGGUGCAUCUUGCAGAGCUGCAGAAACAGCGUGGUACAUCGUACAUAAUGCAGAGCGCCCUACUCCUCUUGCUUCUGUCCGUGGCCCCCUUUGCCCACUGUAUUCCUGCUUUGCACAGGGAACUGCUCCAGGAAGAUGCGACUGAGAGCGUGGACCAAACGAGCCUCCGGGAGAUGUUUGAGGAGGUGGAGGAGCUGAUGGAGGACACACAGCAGAAGCUACAAGGAGCCGCCCGGGAGAUGGAGUUGAAGCAAGGGAGGAUGUUACGGGAUCUGGAGAGCGUAUCCGCCAACUACAGCAAACUUGGCGCACAUUCCAGGGCGAGAAACUUGACUAUCAGCGCUCUUCUGGAAAACAACAAGGAGUGUAUGGUUGACGAGGAUUGCAGGCAAGACCAUUUCUGCUGGGUCGAUGUCUUGGAGUCGAAAUGCUUUCCACAAAGAGCACAGGAGGAGAAUUGUACUCGAGAUGGAGAAUGUGAUUCGGAUUCUUUGUGUAUUUGGGGACAAUGCAAAAGAAGUGCCAUGAAAGGAGAAACUGGCUCCAUCUGUGAUAAGCAACAGGAUUGCAGUGGGAACCUAUGUUGUGCCUUCCACACCCAUCUCUUGUUUCCUGUGUGUACCCCACUGCCCACCAAGGGCCAACUCUGUCGUGACCUCACACUCCGAAGUUUGGAUCUCAUCACCUGGGAGAUGGAGCCAGAUGGAGCUUUAGACCACUGUCCCUGCGCCAAGGGGCUGGUGUGCCAACCUGAAGGUAACAUCUUUUUGUCGGUGUGUAAGGAGUCUGACCUUGAGCAGAGGGCGGUCUCUGCAGACUUGUCUCAGUAUAUGGAAAUGGAAGAGGCACCAUUUCUUCAGCUCGUAGCCCUCGAAGGUCCUGGUGAUGUGGAGAGCUACACCUACACAAUACCAGAUGUGGAAGAUGUAUGGGCUGUAGGACUGGAUUCAGUGACUGAUCUUUAUAACAAGGAGAACCCAGAGAACCAUGAUGAUCCCGACACCAUGUGAGAUAUUCCACAAGGAGAGAGUGCCAGUGUAAGAGGGCAGGAUCUGGUCAAAACCGCUAACAUUUCUUUAUCGUCCAAAUCAGGGCUAUGACAAUCCCUCCAUCACCUUUCUGUGCAUUAGGAAAUGCAAUAAGCAACUAAAGGCUUAAUAGUAGGUUAUUUUUAAAAUACGAUGUGUAGUUCCACUUGGCAUUCUGUCCACAGAUACCAUUUACAGCUUGCUUUAGUGAUGUAGACUGUAAAUCUGUCACAGACAUGUUAAUUUUCUGGACUGGAGGAUGUUUACAUGUCACACGGUUUACAUAUUUGGAGCAUUGCAGAAUACAUUUCCGUUGUGAGAAUUGAACACUCCUCAAAUCUGGUCUGCCCCCUCAAGUCAGUUCCAAUUUUUUUUUGAAAAAUAUUCCUAAAAACAGCAAGAAACCAUCAGGUUGUGGCUUUACCUCGCUAAAAUAUUUUCACAAGUAUGUAACUAUUAAUCAAUAAAAAGACACCUUUUCAGUUGUGA